ACAAGGGGUAGAGCCGAAGCUCCGAGUUUCCCUUUGUAAAAAUGGUGCUACCCUGUGCCCUGUAGCGUGUGCUUUUCCCGGCGUGAUGGCACUGAGGAGGUGGCGGCCUUUGCAGCUGAGGAUCGUGGCUAGGGCAUUCCCGGAAGCUGCUCAAGGUAUCAGAUGUAGUUCUUCUAUUCCCAGUUCCAGACCUUCUGCCAAAGAUGAAGUGGAUACAAGAGAAAAUGAGAUUGUUGCCCCUGACUUCGUUAACCGUAAUCCACGUAACUUGGAACAGUUAUCUCUAGCACGGAAAGAGCGAGGCUGGGGAACCACAUGGCCAAAACAAGAGUAUUGGAAUAGGUUACGACUUGAGCGAACACAGCAUCAUGUGGAGGCCUGUGUUGUGCACUGCAGUGGUCGCAUUGUGGUCUCUGCCUCCACUAGAGAGUGGGGCAUAAAGAAGCACCUUUAUAGUACUUCAGAUAUCACAGCCUGUGAAAAUGUGGGGCGUGUGCUAGCACAACGCUGUCUUGAAGCAGGAAUCAACUUUGUGGACAUUGGAGCUACAAUUCCAUGGGAAAAACGUGGUGAGGCGGUCCAGAGAUUCCAAAAUGCUAUGACAGAGGGUGGUGUUGUACUGGAAGAACUGAGAAGAAUUUAUGAAUAAGUUGAAAAUUCAUAAGAUGCUGAGAAAUAAUUUAGAAAAAUCUGCAAUUCUGUAUUUUUUUGGGAAACAAACACAUUUUCUUCCAGUGUUAGAAUGUUAUUGAAACAUAUGUUAAAUAAAAAUCUAAUGAAAUGAUGUUGGUGGCAA